AUGGUUCCACCCGACGGCGCUCUCUGCGGGUCUAGCUUGAUUACCGAUCGCUACGCUGCAGGCCUUAGGAUGAAACUGGAAGCAGAGAGACCGAAUCUCUCUAGCGGAACCAAUAUAGAAGCAACAGCCACAGCCCUUGCGAAUGAUUGGGAUCUGAUUGAUAAGCCCAGGAUCGACAUCUAUAAGAGAAAGUACAUGCGACGAAAAAUUUACACGUCGGGUGGCGUCAAGAUCCAGUGGUCACGCGAAGAGAUUCUAGCCCUAUUCGAGCCGUCGCUAAAGGGCGUCGCAGAUCUGCUGGAGAAUCAGCUUGAGCUUGCCAGCGUUAAAGGCUUGACCGUCAGCAAACUCAUCGUUGUCGGCGGGUUCGGCGAGUCACCAUCGCUCCGUGGCCGGAUUGAAGAGGUCAUUGGAGGGAAAAGAAACCUUAUCGGCACAACGAUUGACACUAUCUGGCCGCACGAGUUUCCAACCUCUGCUGUAGCCAGGGGAGCAGUCUUACGAGCUCUGAACAAGAGUGAUGGCCCCAGUCGCAUUUCACGUUCGAGCUUCGGCUUCCUGCGACAUGAGCAGUACUUAGAAUAUACUGAACACAUAGAGGCUGGUGUGAAACCUGCGAGAGAUCCUGUGGAUCAUUAUGAUAGUGUCUACGAUACGAUCUGGUGGGUCAUCCAGGCGGGCACGGAACUACCCACAAGAUUUGAGACGGAGGCAAUUAAAUCAUGUCACUACUUCCCACGCGACGAGGAUCGACUCAUUUGCGUCGAAAGGUUAUAUUCGUCUCCACGAAAGCACCGCUCACAUUUCCAGAACCAUCAUCCGGAGAAUGAAGGUAAGCAUAGUGCUUUCUUACUCAGCUACAUAGAGGUUAAUGUGAGCGAGUUCAAAAAGGAGUUUCCGGAAGUGGACAAGGCCACAGCAGGCCCUCGCAUGCGUGUAAGCAAUCGCAAAAUAAGGGUCGUCCAAUUUGAUUUAGUUAUCAUCGUCGAGGGUCGGCAGCUCAAGUACGAGGCACGUUGGCCGUCAGGAGCGCCCUCGCCUGAGGCGGUGCGUAUACGAAAGCAAGGCUAUGUCAGUCUAGCACCGAGUUUUGUUCCAGGUACGGAGUGA